GGUCCUUUUCUUCAUUGCUCGUCUCUCUGUUCCAGAGCUGCCAGACUGGAGUAACUCAGUGGAUAGCAGCAUGCAGUGGAUUAUUACAGACAACUGCGGUCCAAGGCCAGUGUAGACGGAUGCUCUGUGGUAUUUUCCAGAGACGCAAGGCUGGCCAGUUCCGACUGUCUAAAUCCUGUGGUGGAUUGAUCCAAGCCAAUGGAGCCAUUACACAGCAAAACAGAUUGUUUUACAAUACAAAUAAGCAUCUUUCUGCAAAAGAUUCCUUGCAGCCAUCUGAAGAGAAAGUGGGUGCUUUCACAAGGAUAAUAGAAGCAAUGGGUUUCACAGGACCACUGAAGUAUAGUAGAUGGAAAAUUAAGGUAGCAGCUUUGCGCAUGUACACGUGCUGUGUGGAGAAAACAGACUAUGAGGAAUUUUUUAACAGGUGCUGCAUGCCUGAUACUUUGAAUUCAUGGUUUCUAGUAGCCCAGCUUCAUGUCUGGUAA